CUUCCUCUCUGAUUGGCUCUGGAGCGAGGCCAGGAGCCUGCGCUCUCCUUCCCCAGGAGACACUUCUGGGGAAGCAGUAGCCCUUUCUCCUCUACUCGCAAAGAUGACGCUUGCCGUCCUGGCCCUGCGGCUGGUGGUCUGUACCCUGGCGCUUCCCAUGUUUCUGCUGAACCUUCUAGGCUUGUGGAGCUGGGUAUGCAAAAAGUGCUUUCCCUACUUCCUGAAGCGAUUCUCCGUGAUGUACAAUGAGCAGAUGGCGAGCCAAAAGCGGGAGCUCUUCAGCAAUCUGCAGGAGUUCGCCGGCCCCUCGGGGAAGCUGACUCUGCUGGAGGUGGGCUGCGGCACCGGAGCCAACUUCAAGUUCUAUCCCCCCGGGUGCAGGGUCACUUGUAUCGACCCCAACCCCAACUUCGAGAAGUUCUUGUUCAAGAGCGUCGCAGAGAACCGGCAGCUGCAGUUCGAGCGCUUCGUGGUGGCAGCCGGGGAGGACAUGCACCAGGUGACCGAUGGCUCUGUGGACGUGGUGGUCUGCACCCUGGUGCUGUGCUCGGUGAAGAACCAGGAGAAGAUUCUGCGUGAGGUGUGCCGAGUGCUGAAGCCGGUCUAUCUCUACAAGGGGCCUGCUGCCACAGAGCCAUCUGAGACAGCGCCAUCUCCUGGAACCUACAGACAACAACAGCUGCCUUCCUCCAAAAAUCUCAUCUGACUGAGGGCUCCUGAGACAAGCGCUGAACCAAAGAAGACAGACUUGGGACCUUCCAGCAACAGAUGGACUCUUUUUGCCAACGCAACUGACUGCUGAGCUUUGGGGAAAGUACCAUGACAGUGAGGAAAGCAUAAUGUCUAACUAGAUUAAUUAAUUGCUGUUCAAAUGGAUGUUAUUACUCUCAAAUUGUACUACCCAUGGAACAGUUAAUUGACUGUACAAUCUCUUGCCUUCUCAACUCUUACCUUAACUCUCCCUACUACUCUGCCUUUGUUAUUCCUAUUUCUCUAGGCUGGAUAUUUUCUUCUGAUAAUUCCACUCCACUAUAAAUUUUCACAACUAAUGAUACAGUCACAUCAGUGACCCCCCCUUAUUUUCUUAUAAAAACAGAGGGGGAGAUGUGGGUUUCUGACUGAGGACUGGACCAGCAGUUGAACAUCCUGAGAGUCAGCUAGAACCGUCUGUCUCUCUGCUCUGUGCACCACGUAUCUUAGUGUUAUAGAUUUUCCUUCCCUUGCUGUCAGGUGUGAUGGUAAACUUUUACUUCUUUUGGGUUGGGAUGUAGCUUGGUUGGUAGAUGUCUUAGUCAGGGUUUCUAUUCCUGCACAAACAUCAUGACCAAGAAGCAAGUUUGGGAGGAAAGGAUUUAUUCAGCUUACACUUCCAUACUGCUGUUUAUCACCAAGGAAGUCAAGACUGGAACUCCUGCAGGUCAGAAAGGAGGGAUCUUCAUUACUGGCUUGCUUCCCCUGGCUUGCUCAGCCUGCUCUCUUACAGAACCAAGACUACCAGCCCAGAGAUGGUCCAACCCACAAGGGGCCUUACCCUCUUGAUCACUAAUUGAUCACUAAUUGAAAAAAUGCCUUACAAUUGGAUCUCAUGGAGGCAUUUCCUCACCUGAAGCUCCUUUCUCUGUGAUAACUCCAGCUGUGUCAAGUUGACACAAAAACUAGCCAGUACAGUAGAGUUAGCCUAGCACGUGCAGAGCGGUGGGUUCAAGUGUCCACAUGGAAUAAACCAGGGUGGCAGAUCACGUCUGUAAACCCAGCACCCAGGAAGGUCCGAGCCUCAAGGUUAUCAUUGUGCAGAGGCAGCUUGAGGCCAGCAUGAGGAAGUCACACAAGAUCCUGCCUCAAAGAGGGAAAGCACAGAAGAGAAACCAAGCCCCUUCAUGCUAUGUGAGCAGACCCCGGUAAUGAGCAGAUGAGCCGCCGUGUCUGUUACACAUUAAGUUAGUGUUCCCGGAGCACCGGUGAUUAAUGCGAGAGAUGAAAGUGUUCCCGUAAACUCAAUUACUGGAGAAGCAGGAGGGUGCGCUGACUUUCAUCUCCAAAGGGACAGAAGGAGUGUCUCAGUGAGCACAGGACCUGGACUUGGCCAAGGAAAGAGACUCAGGUGUUUGUUAGAAAACAAAUAAGGAAAAAAAUUUGUAUGUAUUCUUCAAGUUUUGUUUCUGCUUUUGUAAUUUAAACAAUACUUACAGGUCAUUCUGCCACGGGACAGACUGUCUCACACAGAUAAUUUAGAAAAUACUUUUAUUGAUGAUCUGAAAUCAUUUCCAUUAUUACAAACAAGAUUUAUGGGUCGGGACUCAGACUGAGUGUGCUUCUCUGGCAAGCGCUAAGGCCCCAGGGCUCAAUCCAGAGCACAGUCAGAUGAAUAAAAAUAAAUCUAUGAUU